UUGUCAUUGUCACUGUCACUGAAAGUAUCAAGCCGCAAGCAAAGUGCGUGAACUCUAAAUUUUAUAGAAUUGCUUUUCAUUAAUUACAUACCUAAAUUAAGUAGCUAUUAUGUAAAUAAUAAACAAUAAAAAUGCCAAAAGUACGUUAGAUAUUAGUUCUAUUCUGUUGUUUUUUAUGUUCAUUUGUUCAGACCAGAAUGGACGUCGACCUCUUACGGCCGGGCACUGUGCCUAUAUCUGCUGAUACUGUAUUAUGGUUUGAAUUUUUAUUGGACCCAAACUUACUGAAAGAACACUUGAGUAAACCUAACCCAGAACCUACACCAUGCGAGUUAAUAGAAGAAUUUUUGUCUGUGGACUCAAAGAAUUCAAAUUCAAAGCCAACUAGUGAGAGAGUGGUUGAUGUUGAUAUCCCACCUAGUCCUCCGUCUGUGACCACACCUACAAAUCUACAGUUUACCCGUAAACAGUUGGCGUUGAAAAUUCUUGCAUUGAAAGUUGCAGCCACUUUACAUUGGAAUUUGGAUAUCUUGGAAUCCAAACUGCCACCACAAACCCAACAACACUUGAUGCAGGAUCUUGUUUACAUGGCAACAGACACUACUUUUGCUGUUCCACCACAGGAUGUACCAACAGAAUUUAUACAUAAAUCUCAGGUCCAAUUUGCCCUUACACUGUACCACAGAUGGGUGCUAAGGUUUCCAGUGAAAGCUGCUCUUUAUUCUAAGACAACCAAAAUGGCUUUUGUUCACAUGCCUGGAAUGCAAGGAGAGACUGGCUAUAGUCCACUUAACCAAAAUUUCGAAAAAAUUCUUCGCAUGUGUGAAUCAUCCCGCAUGCAAAGCAUUAGAUAUUUAGAUAGUAUAUUGUCUUACUAUGAAACAACACUGGGUAGAAUGGAAGCGAAGAAAAUUAAAAUUCCAGUUAGGGAAGCUUUUAUUCACUUGACUGAAGAUUCUGAUGAUAUGAACCAUAAUUGGAAUGCUGGUGACAUUAUUAUUAGUCAAUAUGAGUUAGCAAUGCAGAUACAUUUUGAUCUAUGCUACAAUUACUUUUUUUAUGGACAACAUGAUCUGGCGAAGCAACACAUAUUGGGAUGCAGAGAAAACUCGAGUUUACUUGAAAAAGAGAUAUCUACUUUUGGCUAUGGGGAACAUGAUACAAUGCCAUGGGGUGAUUUUUAUUAUGCCAGCAUGACUAAAGAUGAUAUUUUGGGUUACAUAAGAGCUCUAAAUUUAGGGUAUGAAGUUCUCAAUGAAGAGCCGUCUCUUCUACAAAAACUUCAAGAGGCUGUAGCUAACCAUUAUACAGGAAUUAUAGCAAUACUUCAAGCAGAUAACUUAUCUAGAGAAAUACCAAUGGUACACAGAGAGGUUGUUGAGCUUGAUAUUCAAGGAUCUGCUUCAAGUGGGGCAUUCACUGUUGCUAGAGAUUUAUUAAAUCGCGUUGCCGCCUUAAAUGCCGUCAGAUAUGCUCUAGAAGGAGGAAUUCCGUCCACCCAUCCCGACUUUAUAAAUAAAUGUAAAACUUUUGGAAUCAAAUUUUUUGAUCUGCUAUUUUGGGCGAUUGCGCCUGUUUUAAUGUCAGACUUGUCUGAUACUGACUGGAAAAAUCUAAAAAUGUUCUUUCUACAUCUAGCCACAUCACAGUUGAAAUUUCCUAUAGAGAGAAUAGAUGAAUAUCUUAAAAAGUAUGUGGGCGAUUCAGCCGAAAGUAUAAGAAAGAAAUUAAUAUCCAAUGAACAUUUAAAUGAAAUAUUAAAUGAUCCCGCCAACAUCGACGAUGAAAACGUUGAUAUUCCGCGAGAACUUUUAAGUGACGAUUGGGAUAUGCCUGAUUUUGAGUGUAAAUCUGUACCUGAACUAGAAAUCGGUAGGUUAAAGAAACGCCUCAUUGAGGCAUCCACAGCAGAUGACGUGCGUAUGUGUCUAGUUAAACUCGCGAUGAUGGUGCCUUCUUCGCCAUUGUGGAAGUUGAAUCCAUCUUGGAAACCUCCAGGGGGUUUGGGCAAUGCUUUGACUUCAUUACCGCGUGGGUUUUUGCAAGAUUUUGGAUAUGUCGUGUCUGGUGCGGCUCGAGCUCGCGCUGAAGCUGGGUGCGCGCGGACGGCUCUAUCUCUACUAUCAGUAUUAGAAGGCGAAGCUCGAAGUCAACUCGGAGGAAGUUCAGAUCCCAUAUUAUACAGGCUUUGUCGACAGUUAUCGUGGGAAGUAUUGCUGCUGCAAGUAAAUGUAAUGCUGUCUGAAUGGCCUCACCAUCGCAUUAAUCUGACGGUUUUGUCCGACAAAUGCAAAGCUUGUAUAGCUGCUGUAACUUCUGGCGAUAGUAUAAUUCCUAGACCACAAGUAAUUGAAUCGUGUUGGACUUGUCUAGUGAAUGCCUGUGAAUGGGAAGGCGCGAGUGUGACCAACGGUCCAGGGGAAGCCGCUUCAGCAUUAUGUGCUGCUUGCUGUGAGCUACAGAGAGGGAAGGGUUCUAGAAAAUUCCCCAGAGCCCUGUGGGAUUAUACUCUAUCUAUAUAUAACAAUGGUUCAAACGGUCCUGUAAAGCGAUCAGCAGGUGGAAUGCCAUCACAUUCUCGCGAUGCAUCAAAUGUCGCAGCAGAGGCCAGAAAUGCCUUUAACGGGUUUUUGGCAACUCUUCGCGAACCGCUCGCAGUCAGCGUUAUGAUGUCUCUGCUUGCAAAAAUACACAAUCUCCUCAUAGACGACAGUUCAUUAGAACUAGUUGUUGAAUACACGAAUCUUUGGCCUUCAAAUAUAUCCAAUAUGAAUAAUUACAAUAUGAAACAUAUACUGGAAUCUCUUACUGAAUUGCUCGAAAGGAGCUUGAGGCUGUACCCGUAUAACACUUCAUGGCUACGUCUAUACGGCGACGUAGAAAUGGCCGGAAGCCGUUGGGCGGCAGCUCUCCGCAGAUACCUGUGCGCUCUGACCGCAGCCACCUGGCACUUCGCCAAGAGGGCCCCCGAUGAAGGCGGGCUGGCCCGACGCGCCGCGCGAUGCUGCCAGGCCCUCUCGGCGCCCACGCAGGCGGCUGCGCUGUGCCAACUGCCUGAUGAACCUGAUUACACUACCGCUUUUAAAUGUCUUGCAGAAAAAACUGGCAGUGCCGCAGAUGCAAUGGACGGAUACUACGGAUGUCUAUGGGACGGGACUCUAUUAGAAGUAGGCGUUGCUUUACACGCGCGACGCGGGGAGGGAGGUAGACGGGCUAGGGCUGUCAAAGCCGCGGGAGCGUUGGAACUUAAUGCGAACAACAGUGAAGACAUACAAAGGGAAGCUGCUGCGAUACGACGGGCUAGACUGCUCCGAGCGCUCACUAACCAAUACGUCGCGUAAUAUAAGAAUAAUGUAUUUUUUUGGAAAAUCUUAAAAUUAUUUUAAGAUUUUUAAAAUUAAAAUAUUCAAUAUUU